UAGUAUUACCGUUACUCACGAUAAUUCCUUCGUUACCAUAAACGUUACAUUAUAAUGCGUACUUCUUUUUAAAAAAUUUUGUGACUCCAGAAAUUAAUACUCAAACAGCUGACUAAAAAAAUAGAAAAAAUGUUUUUCUGUGCAAGUUUAUGUAUAGAUUAUAAAGUGUCUUUUUCGCCGGGUAGUACAAAAAUUGCUGGUCGAGCCUUCGCCAUCAUCCUCCUGAUGAGCGUUAACAUUCCAACGGCACAAAGUAUUGCCUACUUUUUAUUCGGCUUAGACGGUAGUGACAACAGCCGCUGCCUUCCGGUAGCAUCGAUGUCAUCAUAUGGAUGCCGGUGCCGGCAACCCGGAGCCGAAUGUAUGGACCCGGGAACGGUCUGCACGCAGUCCAGCGUCAACGUGGAUCUGCCGGUCCUCGGACGCGCAGUUCCAUUUCUGACGUGGAUGAUCGGUGAACAGCGCUGUCUGUGUUCCGCCCCGUGGAGGAAGGACGGCACACGGAAUAUCUGCGUCAGGGAUCUCGAUGUGCCCGUCACCACGGAUAUGCCGUUAACUACUGCUGUCACCACAUUGCCAGAAACUACAACGGAAACAUUAUCUACCACGGGUAGCAGUGAACCCACAACGGACGCCGGUUCAACUGGUACUGGAACCGAAACUGUAAUUACCGACACUACCACGAGUACUGCGUCUACAUCACAUACAACUACCGUUAGCGGGACCGAAAUCAGUAGUACACCGACUGAGCCGGGAACCUCAACUGGGAACGUCAUCACCGAAAUCCCCUCCACUCCGACGGAAACCGUCACCGAAAUCACUUCGACGCCAAUGGAACCCGUAACUGACAGUAGUACUUCUACUAGUGCGGAAUAUGAUACCACAAAUACGAUUACAGAGGCAACCAGUAGUCCUCCUACCGCGAUUACAACAGUUUUCACAACGGAAGGCCCAACGGAUACAACCGAAACCACCACCGAUACCACUACCACUGAUACGACAACCGUACCGCAAUCUACAACUACAGCAAACAAGCGGCCAACGAAAAGUACGACAAUGGGCAAUACCGGUACAACGGGGAUAACGGAGCAUACGGUUAACAGUGCUGUAACUUCGGCAGACACGACAACUGAAGGUAGCACCAAUUACCCCUCGGCCUCGACCGAUACCACUACCGGAGCAAUGGCAACAACAACCGCUGAUACGACAACUGCUUCGACAACGCCACCAGAUACAUCUUCAGUCACAUCCACGGAACCCAGUACUACUCUCAGUCCCAGUACAACGGAGACCAGCACGGCUUUGUUAACAAGCACAGUGGGACCAACGACCACCGUCAACAAGAGACCAACGAAGUCUACCACCGGAAUCCCCGGUUAGGUAGCAAUUCCUGGCAGGAAGUGUUGCCGGAUAACAUUCUUCCAUGUAAUCUUUCGCUAUCAAAUUUGAUAUUUGAUGCUUUCUUAGGAUAUACGGUUGUAUACUCUGUAUAUAUAUACUGUGCCUUUAUUCAUCUGUGGCAGUAUAUACUCGAAUUAUUCUGGGCGCCGUGAUGAAUUACCGGAUUACUGCAAUUUCACUACGCAGUUUCGAAUAUG